AAUAAGGUUGCCAACACUGAAGAGCGUACCCCAAAAUGUGAUCACUUAUCCCUAAGCUAAGAACAAAACAAAAAUACUUAUUAAAAGAAGUAAAUAUUGCAUAUAGACAACUAAAGAAGAUCAGGAGCCAUAUUGAUAUACAUUCAUUUUAUGGACAGGUGAUAUAUUUUGUUUAAUAUAAUAACAGAAGAUAGUUUAGAUAGCUUCUUUUUCAGUAACCAUUUUCAUUUGGCCAUUUGAUUUUCUGAUUUUGAAAAGUUGGCUCUGAACUUUCAUUCAGUUCAGAUAACUUUCAUUUAUUUUAUUUUCAGCUUUUGGCGUGGACUUGGUAGUUGGUAGUCUUGGUCUUGUACUUUUUGAAAGAUUUGAUCAGUGAUGAUUAAUUCACAAAAAUAAGACAUCAAGUCAAGUUGUUUAAUAUUUAAUAAUUUAAUAUGGCUAUUUCAGAUUUAGUGUAGUGUAGUGUAGUCACAUCAUUAUCAUCAUGAGUAUGUUAUCGGUGAUCAAUAUCCCAACACUUCAACAUUGACUUCACUGAUCACUGAGUUUUAAAAAAAAAAAUCCUUUUCCUAAUUAACUUAGUACUUAAGUGACAUGGGACCUAAACUAAAUUUAAUAUUUUAAAAAAAUUAUUGUUAACUCUAGUAACAACAACUAGGCACUUUGGUAAGAUUUGGGAAAUGCCGAAAACCGGGUAUCGUGAUUUCGUUGUAAAUUGGUGACCUCAACUUUUUAAUUUACAGAGCGUCAUGUUGUUUAUGAUUUUUUUUUUUGCCAAUUAUAUUCAUUUAUAUCACAGCAUACACAUUCUACUUCCACCCACAUCUUAGAGUGGACAUUUUAAUUUGACAUUGACACGUUAGUAACUUAGUUGCGAAAAGAAUUUUGGGGCUUCACUUUGAAAAUUGAAAGUAAAAUGAUGCUAAUUUUACCCAGUUACAGUCAUAUCUUUUUUGUGGAAAGCAUAUUUAUAUUGCUUCAUUGUAAGGUACUUUAUAGAUAACUAGCCGAUAUACCCGUACCCGGCAUGGCCCGGGAUUGCAUUAGGACCCCAUCCUCGUGGGACCCCAAUUCCAUUGGGACAUGAUCCCGGCGCAGUCCCGUUUCCCAGUGUGAUCCCGAUCAUGGUGGAUAUAUUCAAAGUUGAGAUCCUGAACCUGAUGGGAUCCCGUUUCCUGGUGGGAUCCUGAUGCCAUUGAGAUAAAGAUUAUAAUGGAAUCCUGACCGCUUUGGUUUCUAUCACGAAUAAAAAAAAUUACUCAGUGGUACUGAGAGAACAGUAAACGAUUGGACCGUAUAGAAGUGAAAAGAACUAACUAACAUUUCAAUAUUCCCUUAGAUCCCACUUAGAUCCCCUUGGAAGGAUUUAGAACUUUCUGGAACAACUUAGAUUAAAUUUAAUAACAUCCACGAAACAUGAGUAAGAACUACUUUUCUAAUCAUUUUUCGAAUACGAUGAAAAUCAAUCCUUUUAAGUUAAUCAAGUAGCCCGGGGGGCCCAUUCCAUAACUGUACCGUUUUAGUUAUGCGUGAGAUAGGGGGCCCUACAAAUAUCACAGGGAUAAAAAAUAGAGUUAAAAUUUAAAAUCGAUCCCAUUAAAAUCUACUUAAAAGUACCAUAGAUAUAGCUUUUUUUUAAAAUUAUCAAACUUUCUGGAAAAUUCUACAAUGGAUAUUAUUAGUUUUGAAUCCACCAAUAUUUCAAUACAGUCAAUGAAGGCUAUUGCUACAACACUAGGCCUAUAUCCAUCCAUUCACAUAGAAACUAUAGUGUUGUCUAAUGCCUAUUGAUAUUUAUAUAGCUUAUAUAAGGAAAAAUGAAAUGGGGCCCCAGAAGAAUGGAUAUUAUGAGUUCAGUACCCUUCUGUAUAUGAAUAUGAUAUAAUAUAAUUAUGAUAUGAUGGCAUUAAUUGCAACAUCGCUGGUUAGGUCAUGUACGGAGAAUGGAGGAAGGACGUAUCCCAAAGAUUCUGCUGUAUGGAGAGUUGGCAGAGGGGACAAGACGUAUUGGACGACCGCGCCUGAGAUUUAUUGACGUUUGCAAACGAAGCAUGAGGGAAGCCAAUAUUGAAACAAACAAAUGGGAGUUCAUUGCCGAACAUCGGUCCAACUGGCGUACAGCAGUGUUUGGAGGAGUGAAACAGGCAGAAGUUUCUCGAAAAGAGGCCCUCGAAUCAAAAAGAACAAUUCAAAAAUCAAGAAUUGACCGGGCUUCAAAUUCUACUGCGAGAGAUGCGGCCGCGAUUGCCAUUCAAGGAUUGGCCUAGUGAGCCACUCGUCAAAGUGUAGAACUAUAUAGCUACUCCAUCGUCUCACGUAGAUGGAAGGAUGCCAUAAUUGCAACAUAUCCAAGAGAUGUUAGGUUUGGCCCAGCGAUAUGGUCAGAAAUUUACCCAGCAAUUUUAGUUACGUGUCCCAAAAUUAACUAUCAUCGAUAAUAUUGUAUUCAAAAUGCAUUUAGACAUAUCUCAACAGGAAUUUAUGUAGGUUACCCAAAUGAAAACAAAUUACUACUUGUAAUUUUUCAGUCCAAUUUUAUAUUUUGUGUUACAAGUAUCUUUGCCCUAGCUACACUUGGUCUGUGCAGAGAUCUCAGAAUGCUUUGAAAAUUGAUACUAUUAGGCAUUCAUGUAACAUUUUACUUUGAUGUAAUUUUAGAAAGCAAUUGUAGACUGUAAAAUUGUUUAAUAAAAACAUAAUUGAAUUGAACAAAGUUUUCUGGUUGUAACAUUGCUUCACAUAUUAAACAUUGUAUUUUUCAGAGACAGUUGCAUUUUAAAAUUAUUUUUUUUGAAAUUGUAAAAGUAUAAGUUCAUUUAAUUUUUUAAAUUGUAAUAAUAUAAUAAUAAUAAUAAAGUUUAUUUGAAAAUCACGCUUCAUCCCCAAAGGCUCAAAGCACUGUACAUAGUCUAGUGUAUUUAAAGAGAAAUGAAACAAUCUAUAAUAUACCACAUUGAAAUACCAAAUGCAACAUUGCAAAAACUAUAUACGAGAAUACCCAUUCUAAGUCUUUCAUACCUAACAACCAUAACAACACAGGCCAAUACACAUCCACAAGAUAAUAGCUAGAUAGACAACAUCAUCCCAGCAGGUGUUUGCGAAAUAGAUAUGUCGUCAAAUCAGUUUUGAAAGACUCCAAUGACUGGCUGUUUCUGAGAGCAAUAGGAAGGGUGUUCCAAAUUGUUGAGCCAGCAAAUGUGAAAGAACGCCCCUUGUUAGUCUCAAGGCGAACACGUGGUAUCGAGAGUUUGCCACUAUCAGAUGAGCAGAGUUGUCUAGUGGGUAUAUAAGGCAUCAGCAGCUCUUUGAGAUAGGACGGUGCUAGGUCAUGCAUGCAGCAGUAGCACAGUGUUGCCAUUUUGUACUCUAUGCGAGUGCGGACCGGCAGCCAAUGCAACUCUCUCAGAAGUGUUUUAGCAUGGUCGAAUUUGCGUUUGUGAAGAACAAUGCGAGCCGCAUUAUUCUGUGCUUUUUUUAAUUUUAUCUAGGAGCCUAGCUGGAAGACCCACCAUAAGAGCAUUGCAGUAGUCCAUGCGUGAUAGCGCGAAUGCAGACAUCAGCUUCUUUGAUGCAACUAACGUUAAGAAAGGUCUGAUAUGACUAAUUCUGCUCAGCUCUAGAAAUAUCGCCUUGCAAAGCAUGUUAAUUUGAUUUUCCUUAGUGUUCUGUCUAAAUAGACACCCAGGUUUCGCACUGUUUUAGCAAACUCAAUCUGUAUACCUAAGAGAGUAAGGGUUUGUGUGUUAUUUAUAUAUUUUAGCUUUUGAGCGGUAGCAAUGGGGAUCAGCUCGCUUGUUUCAUCAUUGAGUUUAAGUUUGUUUAUAGUCAUCCAGUGCUUAGCUGACUCAAUUGUCUUCUGUGUCAUACUAAUAACCUGAGGGAACUGAGAGGGGAUCACAGAUUGCCGAAGUUGGAUGUCAUCCGCGAACAUGUUAUAUAGCAUGUUAAACUGCUUGAUCACUGCUCCCAUGGGCUGAACGUACAUAGUGAAAAGCACCAGACCUAGGACUGAGCCCUGGGUUACUCCGAAUUCGAUGAAAGAUUGCUGCGACGUCAAGCCGUUUGCAAUAACUGAUGUUCAUUCAAUUCAUCAAUAGUAAUAUAAUUUUUUCCAUUGCCAGACUUAACCGCAUUCAAGUGAGUGUUUCUUCAAAUGAUGAUAUGAACAUCUCCAGAAGAUCAGGUAGUAACAACUGCGCAAUGAGACUGAGACGUGGUCCAAAGUGCUACAUAUUGGCAGCAACAUUUUUUUUCUUCAUUUUUCUAAUCUAUGUUAAUGACCUGACCUACAUCACAGCUUAUUUAAACAAGAAGGUGAGUUUUAAAUUUUCUGUUAAAAAGCUCUAUAAAAAUAUGAAAGGGCUUUUUUAGAAAAUUGUAACAUUUUUUUCAAUUUGUAUUAAAAUAUUUAUGCAUAAUGUAUCUUUUUUUAAUCUUGACAUAUUGAGGAACACUUAGGAGUUAGAUAGUUUUUUUUUUAAAUAUUUAUCUUAAUAUCAUAAUUAGAUAAAUAUUAACUAUUUAAACAAUUUAAUUAUAAUAAUAUAUAAUAAUAUUAUAAUAACCACGCUUCAUCCCCAAAAGCUCGAAGCGCUGUACAAAGUCAACCAUAUUAAAAGAGAAAUAAAAACAAUCUAAAAUUUACCACAUUUAAAAAAACAGACGCAACAAUAUAAAACUACAUACAACCAUACCAAGUCAAAGACUUUCUUCCGGUUUCAACCAUAAGCAACACAAGCCAAUAUACAUUAACUGAAAAAGAUGGUAGAUAGCAUCACCCCAGAAGGUGUUUGUGAAAUAGAUGUGUUUUUAAAUCGGUUUUAAAGGACUCCAGUGUCUGGCUGUUUCUGGGAGCGACUGGAAAGGGUGUUCCAAAUUGUUGGGCCGGCAAAUGCAAAAGUGCGCUUUCAGUAAGUCUCAAGGCGAACACAUGGUAUCGAUAUUUUGCCACUAUCGGAUGAGCGGAGCUCUCUAGUGGGUACAUAAGGCGUCAUGAGUGCUUUGAGAUAAGAUGGCGCCAGGUCAUGUAAGCAGCGGUAGCACAAAGUUGCAAUUUUGUAGGUAUCGAUAUUUUGCCACUAUCGGAUGAGCGGAGCUCUCUAGUGGGUACAUAAGGCGUCAUGAGUGCUUUGAGAUAAGAUGGCGCCAGGUCAUGUAAGCAGCGGUAGCACAAAGUUGCAAUUUUGUACUCUAUGCCAGCGUGGACCUGCAGCCAGUGCAGCUCUCUCAGAAGUGUUUUAGCAUGGUCGAAUUUGCGUUUGCGAAGAACAAUGCAAGCCACAUUAUUCUGUGCUCUUUGAAUUUUAUCCAGGAGCGUAGCUGGGAGACCCACCAUGAGAGAAUUGCAGUAGUCCAUGCUUAUAACACAAAUGCAGACAUCAGCCUCUUUGUUGCAUCUAACGUUAAGAAAGGUCUGAUAUGACUAAUCCUGCGCAGCUCUAUGAAAAUUGCCUUGCAAAGCAUGUUAAUACGAUUUUCCAUAGUUAGUGUUCUGUCUAAAUAGACACCCAGGUCUCGCACUGUAUGAGCAAACUCAAUCUGCAUACCUGAGAGAGUAAGUGAUUUUGUGUUUUUCACAGAUUUUUGUUUCUGAGCAGUGGCAAUGGGGAUCAGCUCAGUCUUUUCAUCAUUCAAUUUGAGCUUGUUUAUGGUCAUCCAGUGCUUAACUGCCUCCACUGUCUUCUGUGUCGUACUAAGAAGUUGAGGGAACUGAGAGGGGAAUCACGGAUUGAUGAAGUUGUGUAUCAUCGGCGAACAUGUGAUACAGCAUGUCAAAUUGCUUGAUCACUGCACCCAGUGGCUGAACGUACAUAGUGAAAAUUAUGUUAAAUAUUUUGAAUAAACUUGGGCUGCGGAUUCUAUUUUUAUUAUACUAUAAAAUUUUUAAAAAUUGGUGAAUGCUUGAAAUAAAAAAUUAAAUCUUCCAAAAUUUUGUGUCAAGUAUUAAUUGUCAUUUAUAUUAUCACAAGCAAUUGAUAAAUUCUGGCAGCCUCGUAGCACACUCAUUUGAGCCCUAUAACAAUGAGCUUGAAAGUUCCAAUAUGUUCAGGGUCAAUGAAAUCAAUUAAUUGAGUGUUACUGAAACUCUUGUUGAGAAGGAAAAAUAUGGAGAAAAAAAUCAACUACAGAAGAUCAUUGACAGUGGGCAAAAAUGGCAUGGGAUAAGAAUUGUUUGUCUACAUACACUUAGGACACAAUAUAGCCACAUUUUUAAAAAAGCCUUUAAAGAUUUAAACUUACUCAAUGUGUAAAAUUUAGUAAAAGUUAAGUUAAAAAUUGAAUGGUUUUUAAGUUCUUUUUCCACCUGAAUCCAUCAUCUAAAUAAACAUGGCAUUGGUAUAUUGAUCUUUUGAAUGUGACUGUAGAGUACUUUGGCCAAGUAUUUAGUGUUCAUAUGCUUUAUUGCACCCUACCAUUUCCUUUUAAGUCCAAUAUCAUGGCUGCUAUAACCAUAACAUUCAUGUUAAAAAUAUGUCAUAAGCAUUCAUGCAGCAACUGAUACAUUUAAUUGUAUUUAAGGUACCUGUGCACCGUCAUGUGGUUCGAUGGCUAGACUAUAAGUUGAAAAUUGACCACCGCAAGCCUAGGAUCAUGAUAACCUACAAGGGCAGACUAGGUAAUCAUAUGUUUGAGUAUGCCACGUUGAUGGGCAUGGCCCGCCGGCACAACAUGACUCCUAUUAUUCCUGAGGACCUUGAUGUCUUGGACGUAUUCAAACUGCCCACCCUUCAAGGGGGUCUGGACCUGUUGCGGGAGCCAAAGUCUUACCCUGAGGAGAAAGCUGCAACUUACUACAAAGGUGUGGAAAAUAUCGACAGGACUUGUGAUGCUUACCUGGAGGGCUACUACCAAUCAUGGAGGUAUUUUGAUAACCUGCGUGAAGAACUUUUAACCAAGCAUUUUGUUCUUCAUGAAAGCUUGAAGUCUGCAGCGAAGGAGUAUAUCAGAAAGCUUCUUGAAGAAAGGAAUUUGGAAGGAGCAGUUUUAGUGUCCAUACAUGUUCGUCGUGGGGAUUUUGUGCGGCAGAAGGUGAAAGGUUACACUGCUGCACCAAUUCCUUACUAUUACAGGGCAAUGAACUACUUUCGUAAAAAAUAUGGUAAAGUUAUGUUCAUAAUUUGCACUAAUGAUUUGAUAUGGGCAGAGACAAACUUAGAUGAGGGCUCCGAUGUUCACUAUUCUCAUGAAACCGACGGCUCCCUUGACCUGGCCAUAAUGAUUAGCUGUGAUCACAUGAUAAUCACAUCAGGGUCAUAUUCAUGGUGGGCAGGGUACCUGGUCAGAGGGGAGGUGAUAUAUUAUGCUGGCUAUCCCCAGCCCAACACAAAAAUUGGAAACUUAACAGUGAAAGAAGAUUAUUACCCACCUUACUGGCAAGGCCGCUGGUGAGAUUACUUCAUUUUUAGGAGAAUUUAAUUUUUAGUAAUGAACAAAUGCCUUUAUUCAUAGUCUAUAUAAAAAUAACAUCCAGGUGUUCACAUUUAAACCUCACAACUUUUCUCAUUGUAAGAUGAAAUAGUAGACAGGUAUAUGAAGCUUGAAUCACAUCGCAGUCCUUCAUUUAUUAUGUUAAAUAUGAAGGAGUAAUAAAAUGAUUUUCAUUCAGCCUUGAGAAAUUAACUUUUACAAAAAAUUUUAAAAAUGAAUCUUACAACUUUAGACAAAUUAUGUAAAUCAAAUUCCAAAUUGAGAUGAGAAAUGUUGAAUUCCUGGUUGACCAUGCCGUUGUAUGACUUACUUAUUUUGUUAUCUUAUUUGUAGCAAUACCAGUAGAAUUUCUGUUUAAUACUGAAAUACAAGUCUUAGUAAUGUUGAUCAUGACCAUCAAAGAUGAUAAAAUUGUGUUUCAGUUAGAAAUAUCAGCAAAUCUUGUUAUUAUCAGCUGAAUUUCCUGAACAAAAAUUGACUUUAUUAAUUAUAAAUUAUGUCCACAAAUUUAAAUGUAGUAUUUUUAGUUUACCAGCUGAUGAUGAUUGGUAAAAAGGGAUAUUCUCUGGCUAGCUAUCUCCAGCUAGCUGAUAAACUAGGGAUGGCUGAACAUCUCCAUCUAGCUGAUAAACUAAGGAAGGCUAACCAUCUACAGCUAGCUAGUGAUUGCCUUAAGUGUGGAUUAUUGAUUAUUAAGCUAGUGAAGUAUUUAUUGAAACAUGGGAUCAAAUACACUAACCAUUAACAUCUAAGUUACAGUCCAUUAAAUCAAGACAAAGAUUGUUUAUGUAUUCUUCAGAUACAAUAUUUAGAGACGUUGCUUGCUUAGUUUUGUAAUGAGAAAUUUUAACACUUAUGGUGUUUAGCAAAUUUUAUUAAUUUUUAUUUUUUUUUAAAAACAAAGAGCGUAAAAAUUUUAGAUUUUAACACUUUGUGCCUUUGAAUAUUUGGUCUGAAUGAAGUCUUGUUCCAUUAACUGAGUAGGAAGCAUGUUUUUUGUGACCUAAUAAAAUUACAAUGUCUCAACAACUGAUAGAGAAGCACUUAUGAUCACUAGCAGGAUCACAACCUUUUAUGUUUCAUUUUUAAGCGAGUGAUUUUGUCAGGCAGUCAUCCACACUUGACCUGCUACUAAUGUCUAGUUCAUUGAUUUGUAUAACUAUUGUUAAUAUAAGACUUUAAGUUAGUGGUUAUCAUGGGAUAUAAUUUUGCUAUUAUUGUUUGUUAACCUUCAAUUCCACCUACUUGAUGAUGUUUAACAGAAGCCAACAUCUCCAUCAAAGCAUGUUUUAAUCACAUGGUUACAUUGCUUUCUUCAUUCAAAACACUGCUUUUAAAACAGCUAUUUGAUAUUUUAAAAAACAGGCUAAGUGAACUCCUUAUUUUUGCCCUGCCCUGAGUUAAAAAUAUUGUUUUGAAAAAUGCAUCAGAUUAUGUGUGAUCUUUCUAUACUUAUAUUUAUAAAAAGACAUGUACAAUUUAAAACUUUUUCAUGCUAUGGGAUUUUUUGCCAGUUUUUGUUUUCUCAACACUUUAAAGUAUUUUUAUGUCCAGCGCCAAGAGUCUUGUUUGUGUGCGUCAUUCAAUUCCUUUGACAUUUUUAUUAAUAUAACAGUUAAUUUUAUGAUUGUUGACAAGUGUGUGAAAUAAUAAAUGGGGAAAGAUUUAUUUUGAGUUCUUCAUUCACAAAAUGUUUCCUUUAAAAAAUAUUGAUAUUCAGUAACUCUGUUUUAUAAUUCUAUUGGUUUUCUAAUUCUAAUGUUCUGCUCUAUAUACAGGGGUGUAACGAUUGCAAGUGCCGUCCAGGGCGGGCGUAUAUUUUUUCUGUUUUUCCAAACA